AUGAGGGAAGCCUGGGAGGUGAUCUUUUCCGUGCUAGAGCGCAGUGUCUGGAUGUAAAUGCAAGGAACUAUAGAUGGUCUGAGUCCCGCAGCAAAGUGUGCCAGAUGUGUGACAGGGGUGUGGACGAGACUGUGCAGCAUGUAGUGCUGGAAUGUAAGAAGUAUGACAGGGAGAGAACGAAGAUGAUGCAUGUGUUUCUGAGUGAGAUGGGACGUAGAGGGAACGGGAGGACUGGAAGAGAGUGGAUGGUGCUGCUGCUGGGGCUCAGUGGAGAGACGAGUGGACGAGUGAUUGAGGCAGUGAAAGAGUUCUUGGAGGGCAUGUGGCGUGUAAGAUGUAGGGAAUGAUAUCUUGCCCCGAGAACAUAGACUUCCCGCAUGUUUUGUUUUCUUCCCUUGUUGUUUACCUGCAACAAUAAACUAUCAAUCAAUCAGUCAAUCACAGGAGCUGCCGAUACAAAGGCCUGGCUGGGGAGAAAUCCCGAGCCACCUGUGACACCAAGAUCAAGAUCAAGAUCGGAGGAGGAUUUCUCCAUAUUUUGUAGUGUUGUUUAACGUGGCACACUCAUUUGAUCUCUGCCUCUGGUCAAGCAGGUGUUGGUGCUUGCAAUGCCGCAGAGCCACAGGAGUGUUGCCUUCAGUGGGAAGAAGAAAAAGGAGCAGCUGAGGGCACGUAAAUCCAGGAAGGUGCUCAUCAAGGGGGGUGGAGAUGAGAGGCAUCACCAUGAGACAGAGACACAUGGCCCUUCCAGUACUCUGAGCCAGCAGCAGGAGGGAAGAGGUGCAACAGGGGUGGACUAUCUGGAGGAUGUGGAGUGUGUCAACCGUCAGCCAGACGCUAGUGGUAAUGCCAACAGAUACAACCUUAAGUUUCGUAAGGAGACACGACAAGAGAUUAAAAAGAGGAAAGCUGUCCAUUACAUGGCAAUCAAUCUUCUCCCAGAAAUUGAACUUGAGGCAUCAACAGAGCAGUUCUACCCUCCAGGCCUUGCAUACCCAAGCAGACCAGAAUGGAACAAGAACAUGUCAAAGAGGGAACUGGAUGCUAGUGAGAACAGACACUUCAGGAUCUUCUGUGAAAACUUGGAUCGGGAGUUUUCUGGGUCUGACCUGAGCUUGUAUGAGCUGAACCUGGAGACAUGGAGGCAACUGUGGCGUGUCACAGAGAUGUCUGAUGUGCUGCUGGUCAUUGUGGAUGCCCGCUUCCCGGUGGCUCAUUUUCCACCCUACCUAUACCACUACCUGUCAGAGAAAGAGGGCCGGGGCAUCGUCCUCAUCCUCAACAAGUGUGACCUCCUCCCUCCUGAGGUGGUGGUGGCAUGGGAGCACUACUUCCACCAUGCCUUUCCAAAGCUCUUGGUGGUCCCAUUCUCCUCUUUUGAGGGUCGACGCCACCCCAGGGGUAGGCUAAGGAUGGCGGCUAAUAGUUCCCUCAGGCUGGUGGAGGCAUGCCAGAAACUGGUGGGAGACACUAUUGACUUUGCACAGUGGAGGAAGAAGAUUGAAGAGGAAAGAGAAAUGGAUGUUGAUGAUGGAGUUGAGGUCAUAGAGGGGACACAGGUGCAAGAGGCACCCAGCACCCUUCCUGAGGUGCACCAACGCUGCAAAGAUGGAGUGCUCACUGUGGGUACCAUCGGACACCCUAAUGUGGGCAAGUCUUCCCUCAUCAACGCUCUCAUGGGAAAGAAGGUGGUAAGUGUGAGCAGAACCCCAGGACACACCAAGCACUUCCAGACCAUCUUCCUCACCAAGAACGUUAGGCUGUGUGACUGUCCUGGCCUGGUGUUUCCCUCCACUGUCACCAAGCCGCUGCAGGUUAUCCUGGGCAGCUACCCAAUAGCACAGGUGCGGGACCCCAUUGGUGUAGUGCAUUACAUUGCCACUCGGCUGGACAUUCCUGCCUGUUUGGGGCUGAACUACUUUAGGGAACCUAGUGACUCACCAGGAAGGCAGGACAAGUGGACAGCUUUUGAGAUUUGUGAAGCAUGGGCCAAAAAGCGAGGGUAUUUUCUCCGUACUAAAGGAGGACCAGACGCAUUUCGUGCUGCCAAUGAGUUACUGCGGUUUUGCCUCACUGGACAGAAGUCUCUUGUGCUGUACCUGCGGCCUCCUGGCUAUUCUCAAGAGCAUGAAAACUUGAAAGCUGACCCACGAAUGGAAGACAUUAAGCUUAUUCAAGGAAGUCUGUGUCAAAAGGCUGCUGUGGAGGAAGAGGAGGAUGAGGAGGGUGAGGAUGGGAAUGAGGGUGAAGAUGGCGAGAUUGAGGAAGACAUUGAUGAAGCUGAGAUUGAAGAUGAAAGAACAUUACCUAGUGUGCAAAACAAAUUUUCUCUUCUUGCUGAUGAUGAGUAAUUCAAUAAAAAUUCAAAGUGGU